UCCCCCUCCUCUAAAUGCUGUAGUCAGCCUCAAACUUUUUGAUCAUCGAUUUCGGCACAUGUCACAAGGAGGAGGAAGUCUGAAGCCAGAGCUCUGAGGCAGAUCUUUCUUUAUUCUUUUUUUAAGCGACACGGCACUUUUUUUUUUCCUACUUUUCAUCCACGUUAUGCCUCUCCGGGUGGUCAUGCAGGGUCCGGGACCCUGGGGGUUCAGGCUGGUCGGAGGAAAGGACUUCGAGCAGCCGCUGGCUAUCUCCAGGGUGAACCCAGGGAGCAAAGCAGCCCAAGUCAACCUGUGCAUGGGAGACAUAAUCUUGGCCAUCGAUGGGGAGCCGACGGACAACAUGACCCACCUGGAGGCCCAGAACAAGAUCAAGGGGUGCAUAGAGGAAAUGGUUCUCUCCAUCGACAGGUCAGAAACCAAACUGUGGUCGCCGCUUUCGUCCGAGGAAGGGAAGGCGCAUCCGUACAAGAUGAAUCUUGCAUCAGAGCCACGGGAGGUGAAACACAUCGGCUCCACCCACAACAGGAGCGCCCUGCCUUUCACUGGGUUUGGCUCCAAAGUCGUCACCAACCAGUACAACAACCCCUCUGGUCUGUACUCCUCGGAGAACAUCAAGGACUUCAACUCGGCCGUGGACGACGUAAAAACCACGGUUACAGCUAAUGAGCCCAGCAACACAGCUCCAUCAGAUCCAUCGAAACCAGGCAAGCGGGCGCCUGUAGCAAAUUCUGAGGUCUACAAGAUGCUGCAGGAGAACCAAGAGUCUGAUGAGCCUCCUCGACAGUCGGCGUCAUUCAAGGUGCUUCAGGAGAUUCUCGAGACAGGUGACCCAGACAAGCCAUCGGGCUUCAGGAGCGUGAAGGCACCGACAACAAAGAUCGGAUCGUCAGUGGGGAACACGGAGAAGUUACCAAUUUGUGACAAAUGUGGAUCUGGGAUUGUGGGGAUGGUGGUGAAGCUGAGGGACAAGUUCCGCCACCCUGAGUGCUACACCUGCACAGACUGCGAGGUCAACCUAAAACAGAAGGGACAUUUCUUUGUGGAGGACCAGAUUUACUGCGAGAAGCACGCGCGCGAGCGGGUGACCCCACCCGAGGGCUACGACGUGGUCACCGUCUUCCCCAAGUAGAGCUGCUCUCUGAGCUUAAACCUGGGACCGCUGUAGGACACAGCGACGCAAUCCAAGACAUGAUGACAUUUAGCUCAUGCUACUCCUACGACUAAGACAUGUUCUGACGUUACACUUCAGCGCGGUCACUGCUAGUAGACAGGACAGUAAGGAACUACAUGUUCGAAAAUGUUGAUUUGCACAUUAUUUUUGGCCUUUAACAGAAAAAUUGAUGACAUUCAUUUGUUUUUCUCUCCCUAAACAUAAUUUGUAUUUGAAUCACAGUUCAUGUUGGUCUUUGUUCAUUUUGUUUUUGUUUUUUUUGAACCACUGAAACAAAACCAGAGUCAUUAUUAUCCCUGGAAAAAAAGCUCCAUGUUUUCUACAGUUUUUAUUAAAUAAAUACAUAGUUUUAUACAAUGAAAUUGCUCCAAAACACUUUUGAAUAUCAUUGUCAAAUAAAUAUUUUAAACCAA